GGCUUGAGCCAAUCGGAAGCCGCCUCCUCGCUGGGACGGGGGAUGGCUGCGUGUUUCCGGAAGACGUGGCGGCUGUCUCUUGGGCUGUUUCCCGGCUUCACACUCGCAUCUUUGCUUCACGCCCUGGGCUUCUCGAGGAGCGGACCUCAUCCCAGCCGGGACCCCAGCAGCCAUGAUCUCCUUAACGGACACCCAGAAAAUUGGCAUGGGAUUAACAGGAUUUGGAGUGUUUUUCCUGUUCUUUGGAAUGAUUCUCUUUUUUGACAAAGCACUACUGGCUAUUGGAAAUGUUUUAUUUGUGGCUGGCUUGGCUUUUGUAAUUGGUUUAGAAAGAACAUUCAGAUUCUUCUUUCAAAAACAUAAAAUGAAAGCCACAGGAUUUUUCCUGGGUGGUGUAUUUGUAGUCCUUGUUGGUUGGCCUUUGAUAGGUAUGAUCUUCGAAAUUUAUGGAUUCUUUCUUUUGUUCAGGGGCUUCUUUCCUGUGGUCGUUGGCUUCAUCAGAAGAGUGCCAGUCCUUGGGUCCAUCUUGAAUUUGCCCGGCAUUAGAUCAACUACAUAGGCCCAGAAGAGAUCCACAGUCAUGUUUGUAGAUAAAGUUGGAGAAAGCAACAAUAUGGUAUAACAACGGUCCAUUGAAGACUCAUUUAAAAUAUUGUAUUAUUUAUAAAAUCUUUUGAAGAAUAUCCAGGACAGAUUAAAUUACAUGAAAUAGCUUGUAAUGUUCUUUACAGACAUUUAAAAUCUAUACCUACAAAGUACCAACAACAGUUAACAAGGAAGCAAUGACAACAGGCUUCUAAUCAGGUGUUGUAAGAAGUCAGCAAGCAAACUGAAGAAGGUGAAAUCUGUUACAAUGCAUAUUGAAACUCUUGAAGGUGAUUUUUAUUGUUUUUCCACAAAGUGCGAAACAACCAUCUUCAAAGAUGUAUGGUGCCUGGUUCCUUUUUUUUUUUAAUUAUUAUUUUGAAGAUUCAGGGGCACCCAUAGGCAUUUGCUUCUUAGAAAUGCCCACUGCAACUGGGAAAGUAUUUCCACUUGCACCGUGUCUCCAAAAAUGAUGCAUGAAUUAGAUUGGAUUAUGUCAUGUCAUUUUAAUGUAUUCAAACCUAGGAAACCCCAGUUUUGAUGAAUGAUCACUUUUUUUGGUAAACAUGGUGAAGGUAAAACUUUUGCCAGUCUUCUGAGUCUUAAUAUUUUAAAGCCAGAUGAAAAUAUGAAUUAGAUGUUCUCUGUUGGAAUAUGCAAAGGUCAUUAUUACUAGCUUUUAGUUUCUAAAUUAUAGCUGACUAAGCAUUUCUUUGGUCAGCAGCACACUCUGGAAAUACUCUUACUUCUUGGGAGUCUUAAGACUGUAUUUAUAUCAUUUGUUACAUAUAGCCAUUUAACAAAAAGUAUUCUUGACCAUGAAGUAGUCUGUUACGUAGUUUGUUUCAUUGAAUAGGGUAUUAUUUAAAACAUUAAUUGCAAACCAAAAGGAUUUUCCUGUCAUAUGUAGAUUUUUUUUUCCUUCUAUUUAAAAAAAUUAGCAGUGGUUUAUUAUGUUUUUUACAAACUAAAAUAACUAACUUGGUAAAGUUUACUUUAAAACACAACAUGUUAAAAGGUUUAACUUACGGCUAUUUUUUAAGGGCUAUCCAUGUAAGCUGAGUAUCCCCUUAUUUUCAGCUUUUUCAUAACAAAAAUCAAUAGGUAUGCUUCACAUGAUCACUCUUCAUCUUAAGUCACAGAGGAAAUAUCUGAGUUCACAUGCUGAGGCUGUUUUACUAUAAUUAAACUGGUUGUUAUUUCUUAAAAAUAUGACACUAAAGAAAUGAUGUGUUGUUCUUUUCUACCGUUGCUGCUUGACGGGCAGAAAGAAACUGGCUGUUUCUUCAUUAGUAGUUUUCCACGGUGGCAACUUUUGUGGUGGAUGAAGGGACACAUUUCAGCAGCCAUAGAACUAUCUGUUUUGCCACUAAUGAGUGCACUACUAAUAUUUACUUUUUUUUUUAAUGUUAAAGCUUUUUAAUACAUGAAAUCAUAAUUGAAAUUUGUGGGUUUUAUUUGCAAACAUGUCUACAAAAUAUUACAGCUCAUUUUACUUUUAGUGAAAUCUUUUGAUGCACAGAGAACUCCCAAUCUAGCUCGAUGAAAGGAAGGCAGACUUGGUGUAUAAUCUAAUGGUUCAGUCUUGUGGAUUACUGUGUUUUUGGUACUGGCAUAUGAUUUAAGAUAUAAUCUGUGAAAUAAUAGGUGAUAUUGAUGAAAUAAGACUCCUACCUCAAUAGUUCAUGGAAUAUUAAGAGACUUAGUAUUGUGUCUAAUGUUCUUCAAAAAUAAAAUAAAAUCCUUACUUGGAGAGUGUCAAAUAUAUUUUGGGGAUUAACUUAUACAAGUUGCCCUGUAGGACUCUGUUAUACAUAUUUUUGACUGACCCAUACUAUUUACAAAGACUAGGUCAUUCUACUUUUUAGGGCAAAAAUAGUAUCUGUUAAUGUAAGGAACAUCUGUAUUAUUUAACUCUUUUGUGGACAUGAAUUUCUACCAAAAUGUUCUUUGCAAAGUAUCAGAGCUCUCUUUUUCAACAAUCUUAUUUCAGAAAGCAUUAUCAGACAGAAGUGUGUAAAGGAUUUAUUAAUCCGCUGGUCCUUAGUAAGAUUGAGAGGCUGGAGCAGUUUUUCAGUUUUAUAGAGUCCAUGUUUAAUCUCAAAUGUGAGUUUGGGACUGCAUGGCAGCAUUGUGUAUUUCUUAUUCAGAACCAUUGAGGAGUCCUUAUUUUUAAACAUACUAGUCCUCCAUUAUUUCAGUUUUCAGUUUUUCUAAACCAUGUUGUUUUUUCCUUUCCAAAAUUAGCCUUCUGUCCAAGAUUAUUGCUAUAAAGAUGGAGGAAAAGGUGUAAUUCUACUUAGCCUUAAGUGUAUCUGUCAUUGUUCAGAUGUAUUUUCUGUAACAGAAACCUAUUUGGAAUGUUUUUCUUUUCCCCUUAUAAAUUGUAAUUUCUGGAAUACUGCUGCUUUAAAAAAGUCUCACAGUCAGACUGUCUGAUCUAACCAUUGAAUAUUGUAAAUACACUUGUCUUAUCUCUCAAUAAAAGGAUACUUUUCUAUUAA